AUGGCUGAAGAAGGUGCUGCUGCAGGAGCGGCAGCGGAGAAAGUGAUCCACACUUACCCGUUGAUAAGGCAUUGCGACAUGCCAGAAGAAAUGCGAAUAGAGGCGAUGGAGCUAUCAGUGACGGCGUGUGAGAAGUUUUCGCAGAACAAUGAGUUGGCCGCCCGAAUGGUGAAGGAAACUUUGGACAAGAAAUUUGGACCCGCUUUUCAUGUAGUCGUGGGGGAGAGUUACGGCUUUGAAAUCACCUACGAGUGCACCACCAUCUGUUACAUGUACUUUGGGGGCAAUCAAGCUGUAUGCAUAUGGAAGUGUUCGUGA